AGUAAAAAGAGUUUGAUUGUAGAGUUAUAGAAUGAAGUUGAAUUUGAUGAAGCACUCAUUAUUGAAUAACACGCACCGACGUAACAUUACUGGGUAGUUUUGUAUAAACUAACUUACUUCAAAAUUUUCUAAUUACCGGACAGAAAGUUUUCUCAAGUGUUUUCAAUCUUUCACGCUAUCUCUAUAAGUAUCUCAUAGGUAUAUAGCAUAACCGACUCUUGAAUAACACCGUCCAAUUAACGAAAAAUGUAAUACAUUUGGCUGCGCCACUCUGUAACUCUAUCCUUUAUCACAAAUAGUUUGGAGCCGACCUUGAAACACACGGGAAUUAGUACGCAGGAGAAUGCGGUAACAUCCUUUACUUCCUUUUAGUCUGGCAAAUAUUUGCCACGCGAAUAUCGAACAAUGAUUAGAAAUGUAGUAUACAAACAAAUUGGCAAACACUGUUGCAAAAGAUGGCAUUCAACAAGAAGAGAAUUUAAAGAAGUGUCAAUAAAAGUACCUUGGGGAGAACUAGCUGGCAAGUGGUGGGAACCCUACGAAGAGAGGCCCAUUUUGGCCGUUCAUGGCUGGCAGGAUAACUGCAGUUCUUUUGACAGGCUCAUACCACUGUUGAAUAGAAACGUUGGCUUCCUAGCAAUUGACCUGCCUGGACAUGGAUUCUCAACUCGCCUCCCCAAUGGAAUGAACUACCAUUUCAUGAAUUAUUUGAUUGCGCUCCGAAGCAUAGCGCAUCAAUUCAAAUGGCCCAAAACCUCUUUAAUGGGCCACUCACUUGGAGGAGUGAUUUGUUACACUUAUUGCAUGCUUUAUCCUGAGGACAUUGAUAUGGUCCUAUUCAUAGAUGCGUCGAAACCCAUGGUCAGAAAAAAUAUUAACGUUCGCAUAGCACAGGCCAUCGAUGCUUUUUUCAAAUACAAUUCAUUCAACGAAUCUUCCGAAGAACCGCCGAGUUACAGUAUUGAAGACAUGAAGAAAAUGGUUGGCGCACCUAAUAACAACUCUGUGUCACUUGAGUAUGCCACUAUUCUGAUGGAAAGGAAUAUAGCACCAUCUAAAUUAUAUCCUGGAAAAUUCUACUUCACGAGAGAUCCAAGAUUGAAAACAGGGACAUCACUGUACUUCAACCAAGAAGAUUUAGUGGAAUAUGCCCACCAUAUGAAGAUGCCUAUGUUACUUGUCAAAUCUACAGAGAGUUCUUAUUAUGAGCCAAAAGAGAAUGUUUAUCAAGUUUUAGAUAUCUUAAAAAGAACAAGCAUUGACUUUGAUUUUCAUUAUGUGCCAGGAACACAUCAUGUUCAUUUGAAUAAUCCUGAAAAUGUUGCGGACCUAAUGCAAAAUUUUAUUCGACGGCACAAUAUUGAAGAUAGAAGUAUAGGAGGUAUAAAGGAUGAUAUUAUUAAAGAAGAAAAUAGAAAAAAAUUAGUUCAAAUUGCAGAAGUGUCUUGACACCAUAAUGAAUUUGUAAUAAUAUAUUU